CACACUCUCACCCCCACCCCUUCAUUUUUCUCUUAGCCAAUAUUGGAAUUUUGGGGUCUCCAACAAUCCUCCAUUGCGCAUCUAGAAAUAGAGCAACCACCACAAUAUCCAUGUCAAAUUAUUUGAUGAGAUUAUCAUUCAAUUUCUUCACACCAGGACAGGGCAGGUCAAAGAGUUAUUUUAGAUAGUUAUAGUUUGUAUUGGACAUUUCUCGAUUUCUCCGGAUGUAUGCACCGGUGGUUUUCAACUGUGUCGAAUUCGGAGGGAGUUCCAGAACGCAGUUAUAAACGGUUGGAACGCGUCCCGUUUGUAGUCUAGUCAGGCGGUCUGUUAGAUCCCGGAGAGAGAGAGAGAGAGGGAGAGGGCUUGAGUAGGGGACAAAUGAUGGCAAUAGCGAAGAUACCGUGGCUACUUCUCCUCGAGAUGGGAUUGUACGCCAGUUGUUUCGUUUGUGGAAUCGUCACGGCAGCGUCUCUCACUAUCACACAGGGGAGUUUCAGGGGUCUCUGUAUCCUGUACGGGACAGUAAAUCACAACUCGUCAUCAGACUCCAUAUUGGUCCAGACCUCCAGCUCUCCCUCGCUCUGUUACUUUGUCUCUGCUAUCUCAGUCUGUGUAGCAGUGUUCUGUUUCUCUAUAUCACUAUACUGGAUAUAUACAUGCUGCCUGGAUGGAGGGGUUAACAGAGAGCGUCUAUGGCUGAGCGUGACCCUGGUGGUGUGUGGAGUGUUUCUCUUCUUCCUCCUGGUGACGGGCUGUGUGUUGAAGAUAGGAAGAGACUCUCUGUGUGACUCUGUCCUACACGCUGUCCCCAACAUCACCAGCUGUGAAGAGGCUCAGUCUAGGACCUGGAUCAGUCCUUACACUGGAACACAGUUCUACACUGGACUGUACAACGCUGGGACUGCGGUGUGGGUGAACUUCUUUUUCUGGAUUCUGAUUGGCGUGCUGGUGGUGAUCCAGAGAGGUCAAGGGUCAGAGUUCAGAAUGACGGCGGCCGACCCCUUAGCCACGCCCUCUGAGACAGAACCUUUCUUCCCGCGCCCGACCCGGCCCCAGUGACUCAUAACCGUCUCACCUUACGACCUGUUGGCUAGACACGUGUGGAUGUGUGCAAACACAUGACGGAGACAUGCACACACACACACACGGGGGACGGACACACACACACACGGGGGACGGACACACACGUACUCCUCACUGUCUGACCUGUUAGUAGAGAAUGAAUGAACCUCACCCUGUGUAUGUUUUCAGAGAGAGUCCUCCUCACACACACACGUGUACUGUUCCUGGGGUCAGUGUCUAUGCGGAUCUCUGGUUCUGAGUACUGCGCCCCAGUGAAGCAGAGAUGGCCUAGCUGAUUUAAGGCAGCAUCUGUCUCUUCACUGGGCUAAAGGAUUUAACAAACAUAUACCAUUGGUAACACGUAGUGUCACUGUAGCUUGCUCUGUGGUCCCUCCAUCCACAGUCCUUUCUCUGUGGUCCCUCCAUCCACAGUCCUUUCUCUGUGGUCCCUCCAUCCACAGUCCUUUCUCUGUGGUCCCUCCAUCCACAGUCCUUUCUCUGUGGUCCCUCCAUCCACAGUCCUUUCUCUGUGGUCCCUCCAUCCACAGUCCUUUCUCUGUGGUCCCUCCAUCCACAGUCCUUUCUCUGUGGUCCCUCCAUCCACAGUCCUUUCUCUGUGGUCCCUCCAUCCACAGUCCUUUCUCUGUGGUCCUUCCAUCCACAGUCCUUUCUCUGUGGUCCCUCCAUCCACAGUCCUUUCUCUGUGGUCCCUCCAUCCACAGUCCUUUCUCUGUGGUCCCUCCAUCCACAGUCCUUACACCGUGUGUGUGUGUGUGUGUGUGUGUGUGUGUGUGUGUGUGUGUGUGUGUGUGUGUGUGUGUGUGUGUGUGUGUGUGUGUGUGUGUGUGUGUGUGUGUGUGUGUGUGUGUGUGUGUGUGUGUGUAUCCCACUACGGACCACUGCCAAACCAAGGCUACUGCACCACAGUCAGCUUUCAGCAAUGUCACACUGUCCUACAGAAACAGACAGACAGACAGACAGACAGACAGACAGACAGACAGACAGACAGACAGACAGAGACAGACCUUAUGUCUUCCUGACUACUAAGACACAAAGCAACCAUUUUGUUACUGUGUUCCCUUUCUGCCUGCACUUACUUAGAUUCUUUUUUUUAAUUUUUAAAAAGCAAAAACAUGUAUUUUGUUUGAGUGAAUGAAUUAUUGUUGCCAUUUGCUGAUACUGUAUCGUUGAAUCUUUUUUUACAGAGCUUUAUUAAAAGCAGGUAUCGACCAUCCAAUUAAAGAUACAUUUUGUUUGUCAGA